CGUUUAUGCCUAAAAUCAAUUCUGUUUAAAAGUGGGACCUUUUCUUCGAUUUGAUUACGAGAGACGAACAAAGAAAAAGAGAAAGAAGUCUCUCUUCUUCGCAACAGCUCUCUCUCUCUGUGUAUCGUCUUCCCCUCUAUCGGUCUCUUCGGAUUGGGACUUGGGUUUUUGUUUCUGGAAAGUUAUUUCUUUUCGGUUUUUUCAUCGAACAGGUGGUCGGUAUCCGAGAACAGUCGAUGAAGAGGGGGAAACUGGACUUGUUCGUGUCGCUGGGUCGGCAAAGGUCGAUCCAAAUUCUGAUGUUCGUGGGGUUUCUUUACAUGUUCCUGGUUUUCCUCGAAGUCCCCUUCGUGUUCAAAACGGGGUUCAGCGCCGUUUCCCAAGAAGGACAGAAUGGCUUCUUCGCCGACGCCGUUUCCCGGUCGCUUCCGAUGCAGAGCAAGGAGGAAACGGCCGGAAAAGACGCCCCAAUCCGGCCUCUCGAAGAACUUCCCUCUCCGAGCUCCGAAAACUCAGAAUUCAAGGCCUUAUCGAGCUUGACUUUCCAUUCUUCCGCUCCGAAUAACGCCGGCCAAGACGGGUUUCUGGGGAUUCAGAAAUCCGCCAGGGAGGCCUUCGAAUUGGGGAAGAAGCUCUGGGUGGACCUCGAAUCGGGGAAAGCUCUGGAAGAAGCCACGGCGGCCAGAGAGAGCCGGACCGAGUCGUGUCCCAACUCGGUGUCCUUUUCCGGCGCCGAGUUCACUCAGCGGGGCCAGAUCAUGGUUCUGCCAUGCGGCCUAACUCUGGGAUCUCACAUAACUUUAGUGGGGAAGCCAAGAGAGGCUCAUCAAGAGCAAGAAACCAAGAUUUCAAUGUUGAAAGAUGGACAAUCUGUGAUGGUUUCCCAGUUCAUACUGGAGCUUCAGGGAUUGAAGACCGUGGAUGGAGAGGACCCGCCGAGGGUUCUGCAUUUCAAUCCCAGAUUGAAGGGGGAUUGGAGUGGGAAGCCUGUGAUUGAGCAGAACACCUGUUACAGGAUGCAGUGGGGCACGGCGCAGCGAUGCGAAGGGUGGAAAUCGAGGGCUGACGAAGAAACUGUUGAUGGUCAAGUGAAGUGUGAGAAAUGGAUCCGUGACGACGGCGACCACUCCGAGGAGUCAAAGUCAACAUGGUGGUUGAGCCGACUAAUUGGCCGAACAAAGAAGGUUACCGUUGAUUGGCCAUACCCGUUUGCAGAGGGCAAACUGUUUGUCCUUACUCUUAGUGCAGGCUUGGAGGGCUACCAUGUGAAUGUCGAUGGAAGGCAUGUCACCUCGUUCCCUUAUCGCACUGGAUUUUCUCUCGAGGAUGCCACCGGCCUAUUCUUGAACGGUGACGUGGACCUCCAUUCCAUAUUUGCUGCAUCCUUGCCAACAUCACAUCCGAGCUUUGCUCCUCAGAGGCAUCUUGAGAUGUCCAGCAGGUGGAAGGCACCUCCCCUUCCUGAAGGGCCUGUGGAAAUGUUCAUUGGCAUCCUUUCAGCAGGUAACCAUUUUGCUGAGCGGAUGGCCGUGCGGAAGUCUUGGAUGCAGCACAGGCUUGUCAAGUCUUCUAACGCGGUUGCCCGUUUCUUCGUAGCACUGCACUCAAGAAAAGAGGUGGAUGUGGAGCUAAAGAAAGAAGCAGAGUUUUUCGGCGACAUUGUUAUAGUGCCUUACAUGGAUAACUAUGAUCUUGUUGUUCUGAAAACUGUUGCCAUCUGUGAAUAUGGGGCCCGGGUAGUGUCUGCAAAGUAUAUAAUGAAGUGUGACGACGAUACAUUUGUCCGAGUGGAUGCGGUUAUAAAUGAAGUAGGGAAAGUACCUGAUGGUAAAAGCUUUUAUGUGGGAAACAUUAAUUACUACCAUAAGCCCCUUCGCACUGGGAAAUGGGCGGUCACGUACGAGGAAUGGCCAGAAGAAGAUUAUCCACCUUAUGCAAAUGGCCCAGGCUACAUUGUAUCGUCAGACAUUGCAAACUUUAUUGUAUCUGAGUACGAGAAACAUAGAUUAAGGUUGUUCAAGAUGGAAGAUGUGAGUAUGGGGAUGUGGGUGGAGCAGUUUGUCAACAGCUCGCAACCGGUAGAGUAUGUUCACAGCUUGAAGUUCUGCCAGUUCGGGUGCAUUGAAGAUUAUUACACAGCGCACUACCAGUCGCCGAGGCAGAUGAUCUGCAUGUGGAACAAACUGCAAUUGCAAGUAAAGCCUCAGUGCUGCAACAUGAGAUGACAACGGGCGUUCGGUUAACUGAGAAAUCUCUUCGGAGUAUAUGGCGACAGAGAUCGAGUUUUGACGUGUCAAACCGGAACAAAAAAUUUUGCAGGGAUAGCGUCAGGUACCGUGUAUAUUCUGGGGAUGGUUGAACUACAUGCUGGGCUAAUCCAGCCCUUCCAGAUUCAUUCAUUAUUUUUUCUCCAUAUCUCCUUUCACCUUUUCUGCUUUCAGGUUAUGUAACAAUCAAGGGGGGUUACUUGUGAAUGGAACGUUUCUGUAGAACUACUUGUUCUGUAAUUUACAUGAUGAUAGCAGCAUAAUAGAAUGGCUUUUAUCAUUCCAUCUUAGAAUUUGUGUGUUGUCUCCCUAUUUUAUGCUUCAAAAGCAUAGGCACGGGGAAAGAUAUUUGGGUGAGAUUUCUAUGGAUUGGUGUCUUGCA